UCAAUCCAAAUCUUUGAGGAAAGUCACUCACGAAAAAUCAAAAUGAGUGAUCGAGAAGAAAGCCCUGUCGCAGAGGUCCCUGAGGCCGAGGAGGUUGAAGUUUCUGGAGAUGCCGCGUCCAAGGGACAGAUGUCAGUUCUUGACGCCCUCAAGGGUGUUUUGAAGCUCGCUCUUAUGCACGAUGGUCUUGCACGAGGACUCCGUGAGGCCUCCAAGGCUCUCGAUCGCCGUCAAGCUCACGUUUGCGUCUUGAACGAGUCUUGCGAGGAGGAGGCAUACAAGAAGUUGGUCAUUGCGCUUUGCUCCGAGCACAAGAUCCCCUUGAUCAAGGUUCCCGAUGGAAAGCAAUUGGGCGAGUGGGCUGGUUUGUGUGUCUUGGACCGCGAGGGAAAUGCACGCAAGGUUGUCAACUGCUCCUGCGUUGUCGUCAAGGAUUGGGGUGAGGAGUCUCAAGAGCGAUCGAUCCUCCUCAACUACUUCAACACCGAGCAGUAAAUUUACAAAGCGGAUGGUAUGGAGUUAGCUUUCGAUGGGUAGACAUUCGGCCCUGCUAGGGUUUCUUUACGAUGUACUCUAGAUAUGAUGCAUACGGGUGGAAUAUCAAUUGCAUACGGGACC